AUGACAUCUGCCCCGGCAAUCCUAGCAACGUGCAAGCAGACACGGUUCCAUCUGCUAGAUGAUAGUCCUUCACAGGAGAUAGAUGUGGAGGGACUAAACAUCAUUGUGACAUCGUCCGCACCUGAAUCGACAGAAGAUACAAAAUCUAAGACGAAAGGGAAAUCAAAGGCAAAGGCCGCAGGAAGAGAGCUCAUCUCAGAUGCCCAUCUACGUCUGAAGGCAGGCAUUCAUUAUGGCCUGCUGGGCCGUAACGGAACCGGAAAGUCGACCCUGCUCCGGGCUAUGGCCGAAAAGCUCAUUCCCGGAAUUCCACAUGCGACUCGCAUCGCCAUUCUGCAACAAACCGAGGAACAGGAUGAGACGUUUGGCGCUGCUCUCAACAAAGACAAAACUGUCUUGGAAUCCGUUCUGAGCAGCGAUGAGUCUAGAAAUGAGACUGUUCGAAUGGCAGAUUUCCUCUCGAAGAGCUUCGAGACUGAAGAUCCCAUGCGGCCUGUCCGUGCAAUUCGCAAAAUCCGACACCAAAAAGCCGAGAAGCAUCUCUUCCUCGCGCACAAGAAUGCAAGUCUGAAGAGCGGUGCCCGCGGCUUACAGGCGCGGAAGGAGUUGAAAGCAGCUGAAGUGAAGCUUGAGGCUGCAUCGGAGAUGUUGGCCCAGGAUGGAGACGCCAUCGACGCGGAAGCAGUUCAGUCAGAUACGCAAGCGGCUGUCGAGACAUUACAGACUCUGCAGUCUCAACUGGAAGAUAUGAAACUCGCCGACAUGGAACAACAGGCUCGUCGGGUCCUCAUCGGUCUCGGGUUCAAAGAGGACGGGCUUGAGAAAAAGGUCUCCACGCUCUCGGGUGGUUGGCGCAUGCGAUGCAUGCUAGCCAGUGUCCUCGUGCAAGACCCGGAUAUCAUGAUCCUCGACGAGCCAACCAACUUCCUCGACCUUCUCGGAGUAGUGUGGCUAGAGAAUUACCUGAAACAGCUCCGCGACACCUCGGAAACGACCAUUGUUCUAGUAUCCCACGACAGGGAUUUCAUCAAUGCCGUCUGCCAAGAGAUUGUCAUCAUCCGCGAUCAGAAAUUGACUUAUUUCCGCGGAAACCUCUCGGCGUACGAGCAAGACUUCGAAGAACAAAAACUCUACCUGGGACGCAUGAAGGAGGCCCAAGAGCGACAAAUCGCUCAUAUGGAAUCGAGUAUCCGUGAGAAUAUGAAACUCGGAAAGAAGACCGGCGAUGAGAAUAAGCUGCGCCAGGCCAAGUCGCGACAGAAGAAGGUCGAUGACCGGAUGGGUCUCCAGGUUAGUGCGACCGGGGGCCGGUUCAAGUUGAACCGUGAUUUGGUGGGAUGGCAUCUCCAUAAUCGGGCGGAGAUCGAUGUCCCCGAAGACGAAAAGGGCGCGACUAUGAGUCUUCCUGAGGCGACGGAGUUGCGGUUCCCGGGCCCGCUGGUUUCGCUUGAAGAUAUCGUGUUUCAGUACAAGAAAUCCGACCGCGUCAUUCUGGAUAAUGUGGAUCUAGUCGUUCACCUCGGUGAUCGUGUGGGGAUCAUGGGGCUUAAUGGGUCUGGGAAAACCACCCUGCUUCGCGUGUUGACGGGCCAGGUCGCUCUAUCUAAGGGUAAAGUCUCGACUCACUCCCGACUGAAGAUGGGCUAUUAUAGCCAGCACUCGGUGGAGGAGUUGCAAGAGCGUGGUCGGGGAGAGCCUGGUCUGACUGCGCUGGGAUUGUUGACGAUUGAAACCGAGGGAACUCUGAACGAGGGUGCCAUCAGAGGUCUCUUGUCUUCUAUGGGUUUAGCGGGCCGCAUUGCUUCAGAUGUGCCAGUGGCCAAGCUAUCGGGAGGGCAGCUGGUUCGACUUGCAUUGGCUCGAAUCGUCUGGAGCGCACCGCAGCUUCUCAUUCUCGAUGAAAUCACCACGCAUUUAGACUUUCAUACUGUUACUGCGUUGGCUACGGCUUUGUCGUCAUUCAAUGGUGCUGUCAUUCUGAUUUCACAUGACCGGUUCCUGGUGCGGUCUGUAAUUGAGGGCAAGCGAGACACAGACCAUAAACUCGAUGAGGACUUUGAAGGGUUAGAGGAAGAGGAGACUGAGGAGACGCAGAGACGUCGAUCGGUCUAUGUGAUCAAACAAGGCAAGAUGACUGAACAGAAGAACGGAGUGGAACAGUUCGAGCAGAGUUUAGUGAAGCGUGUGCAGAAGCUGCUGCCAGCUCUUUGA